GGUUAUAUUCCCCAUAAUGCAGCUGCUGAAGGUGGAUACAAAGGAAUCUGAAGAAAACAAAAAUAUAUAGCUCUAGCUUUAGCUUAUUCUACUGGGUGUAUAAGACCCCUCUUUUUUUAAAUAGAUAUAAAGGAAAUAUUCAUUAUUCAUAUUUAAAUCAUUCAUAUAGUCCUACUGAAUUCACUGAAUUGACACUGUCCUCUUCUGCUAGGGAGCUUUUGUAAAGUGCAUGUUAACAAAUCUAAUAUCAUUGAAAUGCAAUAUUGUUGUAUUAUGAAACUGCCCGUCUUUUUAUGCCUACAUUGUCUUUGUGCCUUGAGAGCUUUUAAGCACAUUUAUCUUUAACUUGAAAUUAAAAUAUCUUAGUUCGGCAUAAAAUAGAAUGCGAGAGAAAGCCUAGCAUGGAAUCUAAAGAGAUUACAUGGUAAUAUUGCAUGAAUGUGGGAUUGAAUACAGUAAUACCUUGAUCUGGACCAAAAACUCGUCUUACUUCUGGGUAGGAGAGAUGAAAAGGCUAAGAGAUCUCUGAGAAAAAAAUAAAUACAUUUGCGCUCACCUGCAUGUUUAAACUCGUCUAAUCUCAUAGACAAGCAUAAUUUCAUUUCCACCAGUGUUCACUGAUAACACACACAUAACACUAUGAAGUAAUUCUGUAAGUCAUUGUAAAUGUUUUUUCUCCUGCUAAUACCAAGAAGAAGACCUUUGUCCAUAAUAUCAUAUUUUGGGGGUUAUGAGUAGAUUAGUGCAAAACAAAACAAUGUGGAUAGGUCUGGGGGUAGUUGUUAUACAGAUAUUUAUUUAUUUAUAUACUUAUUAUAUAAUUUUUUUAAUUUCCUCAGUAUUUUUCCUGUUUUCCUCACUAUUUUCCUAUUUUCUACACUGACAUGUAUAAUAAGUCCUGAUUUGGCUUCAUCUACUGACCAUCUAUCCUCUCAUCUGACCCUUUUGACCUCUGACCCCUGACACUGCAGAUCAUCACCCUUAUAAAAACCAUCUGAUGUCUGUCUACCUGCUCUCUACAAUCUUUCUGCAAUCCUACAUUCCCUUAUCAGCACUGCCAGCUGCGUUGCACUCACCAUGUAAUCUGGAAUGUUGCGGAUUAUGAAGCCCUAUCCCACCCCCUUGCUCUCUUUCUCUCUCUACAUUUUACUCCUCAUCCCUCCAUCCCUUCCUAUUUUGUGCCAUGCCAGAACAGUCACUUGCAGUAGAAGUGCGAUUAGAGUCCAUCACAAGUCAAAAUGAGUAUGUGGAAUUACAUGGAGAAAGAAAGAAGGGGAACGAUAAAGAACAUGCAGAGAGAGCGAAAACAGACAACAGAUGCAAUAUCCGAGAGCAUCAGGAUUAGAGUGCUCAGAAAACCCUGGAAAUACCUUUUCUGGCUGAAGGAAUAGGUCUCACUGCUCCCAAAGCAGUCGUUUUUAUUGGUAUUAGCAUCACUACCCAUCACCUCUUGUUUAAGCAACUCCACCCCUCUUGGGAUAUUCUGACGACAGGGAUCGUGUGUCGCAAAGUUUAUGUAAUAAUCUGAGGACAGCAACCAAGAGUGAGAGAUAAAGAGGGAGGGGGAGGGACAGAGGGAGGGACAGAGAUGACAAGAAAGAGUUGGAGCAGUGAGAAUUAGAGAAAUACAAAUGAUGGGAGCGAAGCCAUCUAAAAGAUGCAGUAUGAAGAAGGGGGUCCCGCCCCUGGAAGGCAGUGGACUGCCAUUGGCACCCGCCAUGUUAGGAGGCAGCGGUGAUGCGGCAGCUGAGGAUGAGGAUGAUGAAGAGUUGGGGCAGCAGUUUGAGGAGCCGAUAUGUGCUCUGGUUCAGAACUGUACCAUGCUACACAACAUCGUGGGCCCAGCCUGCAUCUUUCUCCGACAAAGCUUCGCUCAGGCUCAACUCGACAGAGAUCUACGGCCAGAGGAAAUUGAAGAGUUAAAAGAAGCCUUCCGAGAAUUUGACAAAGACAAGGACGGCUUCAUUAGCUGUAAGGAUCUAGGCGAGUGCAUGAGGACAAUGGGCUACAUGCCCACAGAAAUGGAGCUGAUUGAACUCAGUCAGCAGAUCUGUGGCGGGAGAGUGGACUUUGAGGACUUUGUAGACCUGAUGGGCCCAAAGAUGCUGGCUGAGACAGCAGACAUGAUCGGAGUGAAAGAACUGAGAGAUGCUUUUAGAGAGUUUGACUCCGACGGUGAUGGUCAGAUCAGUCUGGCUGAACUGAGGGAAGCCAUGAAGAAGCUGAUGGGAGAGCAGCUCAACCACAGAGAGAUUGAUGAAAUCCUCAGGGAUGUUGACCUCAAUGGAGACGGGCAGGUUGACUUUGAAGAGUUUGUCCGAAUGAUGUCUCGCUAACUUAGAGGACUCAUGAAAAAGGAAGAGAACAAUCAGUUUGCCAACUCCUAACAUGAAGAGUGAAAUACUAUGCGUCUGCUUUAAUUAACUACCUUAUGAAAUUAUUUAAACCAUACUCUUUCUUCAUACAGGGACCUUUAGUUUACAUAUUUGCUUGUUUUUAUGACAAAGAGGAAAUGUGUUUUUCUUAUUUAAUUUAUUUUAGCAUUUUGGUCUGAAAAAAAAAUAAAAAUAAAAAAAUGUUUCCACCUAUGUUCAGAAUUGUAAGGGUACAAAGCAUAGCUGUAGCACACAUUAUUUAUAAAAGCAUGCUAUAUGGAAAUUUAAUUAAUAACAACUGAAAACUGUAUAUGAGGUGUACAUGGUCAUUGUAGACUGACAAUGCAAUGCCAGAUAUAAAUCAGUAUUAUGUGCAUUUUGGAAGGUAAACCACUGGUUAAUGGGUCUAAAGUUUCUGUAUGAUGCUUUUAGGACUGUAAAUGCUUUCCCUGUGGGAACAGGAUAUUAAUAACCUAUUUUUAAUGUCUUGAGCAAGGCACUGAACCCCCAACUGCUCCCCGGGCGCCGCAAAAUAAAUGGCUGCCCACUGCUCCGGGUGUGUGUUCACGGUGUGUGUGUGUGUUCACUGCUGUGUGUGUGCACUUUGGAUGGGUUAAACGCAGAGCACCAAUUCUGAGUAUGGGUCACCAUACUUGACUGUAUGUCACGUCACUUUCACUUAAUAUGCAAAACUGGAUAUUAUACAACUCCUGAAGACUCUGGAGAUCCCUUGUAAAGAUCCUGACACCCAUGUGAUCUCUCCUUGUUCCUUAAUCAUUAUGUUUAAACAAAUGUUUUUAUCUAAAUAUCUGUUCUAUAUAUAUAAAUACUUCAAUAUUUGUUUUGUUAUUUCUGUGCUCAAAGAUUGUAAAUACUCAAUAACCAAUUAAAUUAAAUGGAAUUAAUUUAAAUGCUGACUAUUAACUCUUAUUUUUGAGUAUUUAAGUCUCUAAAAUACAGUGGUGGUAAAAAAAAAAAAAUUCAAAAAAAGUUGCGUGAAUACACAAUAAUCACAAUGCUUAUUAUUUUCCCUUUGUCAGUUACAAAAGCUAUGGCCUAGAUAGAUCUGCAUAAUCAUAUGCAUUAAUCAAGUAUGUCUAUAGAUGAAGUGAUUUAAAUGAAUACAUUGAUGUUUCCUGUAUGGAGUCUUCUAAAAUGCUCUGUGAAUUCUCUCGCUGCUUUGCCAGCUCUCUGCAGUGAAGAAACACAUAGAAAGGAAGAAUGAAGGCCAGUAGAGUCAGGACAGUCAAGAUGAUGUUCACCUACAGAAACACAGAAAUACACUAACAUCUACAGUAAAAGCUGUGGAAAACAAGUUAAUGAUUUUGGUCAGUUUACACACAAGGAAUUAAAACUGAAUAUUUAAAGGGGUGGUAAAUCAGCUAUUUUCGAAGGCUUGACUGUGUUUAUGGGGUGCACUGUAACAUGUGUUCAUGCUUUGUUUAAAAAGAAAAAAGAAAAAAACACAUUUUUCACAUAUUUGUCCGGAAACAUCACGCCCCUUACCAUUACGGAAAGUUGUAUGUGCGUCUGGCGUCAAUAUAUUACCUUAUCAAUUUGAGCCCGAAUCAGACCCAGAGAAUAUUAUUAAAGAGGGUCGAACACAACCUGUGCAAGCAUGGCUCUUACAGGACGCUUCAGAAUGGCAUGUUUUUUGUUUGUAGUUGUCUCAUACUUUUUAGAUACGUUAAUGCUACUGCUGUUUAUGUUAUCUUUUGAUAUACGGUUUUAUCCUUAUUAAAGCUUUAGUACAGCAGAAUACAUGACUGCAUGUAGCAUUUUUGUAGAGUGAUUGUUUAAUUCAUAACAGUAAAACUCUACUACUGCGUGUUCCCAGGGGCAGGGCUUCUGUAAAUUUUAGGGUUUGUCACCAACCCAGGAAGAAGCUCUUUGUAGUCCCUACUAGCCGUGUGUUGUAGGCCUUAAAAAGUGAUUUCUGUCAAAUAAAAUAUCUCCCUUUGCAUUGAAUUUUGAGUGUCGUUACACGCUAACUAAAGUUAAAAAGUGAAAUCAUAAUCAAGAACCCCUUUAAUCAAAUGCUGCUGGAAAUGUUUAUAGAGCAAUCUUUCAUAUGGAUUUUAGGUUUGAUGUGAAAAACUCACUUUUUUAG